AUGACGAUGCUAGACGUGUCCCACGGCCGCGGCGGCGCCGGUAAUAUAACGCCGGACAACACCCAAUACGUCGACGGCGAGAUCUUGCGCCAGGGCACGCCGGGAUCGCACGGCGACGGCGCCUUCAGCACCGGGCGAGGAGGCGCAGCCAACAUAGCCGACGCCGACAAGCCCCCCGCGCCCAUGCGCGCCGACGAGGAAGUGAUCCCCCAGGAGGCGACGCGGCCGUCGGCCGAGGGCGACUUCCACACGGGCCGCGGCGGCGCUGCGAACGUGCACCUGGGGCCCGAGCACCAGAAGCAUUCGAAAGUGACGGACGCGGCGCAGCCGAGCGCGACCACCCACGGCAAGCAAGGCUUGGCCGAUAAGCUGAAGAACAAGAUGAUGGGCGUGUUCAAGAAAUAA